CCCAUUCAGCAGGAGCAGCCCACUGCACGACAAGAAACAGUGGUCCAUCGUGUAUAUCAGCCAUCAUCUCGCGUGCUCCUCUGUAGCUCCGUCGUUACUCCGUAUCCGUAGCUCCGUCGUCGUUACUCCGUGACCAAAAUCCAAAGAGAUUCUCUCUCGAUUGUUGUGCCAUGGUCUAGUGUCCUAUCGCAGUUGGUUCGCAUGCAUACGCAACAUACCAACAUUUUUGCACGGCGCGUUUUAUUUUAAUUUUUUUUUACUAUCAAAAUAAAUUAUGUGUAUAAAUAUUUUCAUUUAGAAUUUACUUUGCAAGUUUAACAACAAAAAUAAAAAUUCACAAAAAUUAUAAUAAAUACAAAAUUUUGUUAAAUUUAUUUAUAUAAUAAAUUGUAUAUAAUACACAAAGUUUAAAAAAAUAUAUAUUAAAAAAUAAAAUACAACAACACCCAACAGUGCUCUUUAUCGUCGAUUUUCGUGUCUUAUUUGUGUUGAAGUCUUUGAAAAAAAAGUAAGAAAAUAUGUAAAUUAUUCGCAAUUUUUAAAAAAGGAAGAAAAAGAAGAAGGAAUCAAAAUUGCAAAUGUGAAGAAUAUUACAAAAAUCCUUGUAGCUCAAAAAAGUUAAUCAUAAAAAUGGAAUAGAGAAAAAAAUAAAAAGAAAACCAAAACGAAAACGAGACAAAAUGCUUUAGAAAAAAAAAACGUUUAGCAAAAUUUUUGUUUUAAGUUUAAACUUAAAUUUUCUUUAAAUUUUCACUUCUUGUCAUAGUUUAAAAUCGUAUUUGUAUUCGUAUUCGUCUUCGUCACUUUCGUCGUCGUCGUCAAAGUUGUCAAAGUCGUUUUCGAAAUCGUUGCCGUUGUGAACCGUCGGUAGUUUUUGAUUUUCCAAAUCCUCCAAAAAGUUUUUGCAUUUAAUCCUUUUUAUUUAUUUAACAAAAAAAAGAAGAAAGAAAAUGUGAGAAAAAGAAGAAAAAAAAGUAUAUAUCUAUCUAUCUAUCAAGUUCGACGACGUAAAGGAUGUGGUAUUGGAUGUGCAUGGAUACCUGAAAGCAGCAAUUAAGUUCUUGAAAUUGAUGGUUUAUGCAGGAUACUAAAAUAAUAUCAAUUAAAUCAAAAUCAAAAACGCAGAGAGAAAAUCUUAUUUAACAUCAUGGAUAUGGAUAACGAUUUUAAUAUGCAAACAUGGAUAAAUCGAGCACUCAGCGGACAAAAUCGUUUCCAUCUGAAAUAAAUUAAAAAAUGAUAAGAACUUGAAAAAAAAUCAUUAAAAGAACUUUAAUCCCAAAUCAAAAUUUAAAUUAAUAUAAAUCAAAUAACAGUGGUUGUGUCUUACAAGCAAAACAAAAACAAAAAACAACAAUUAAAGAAUGUUUAUUUAUUCAUGACGACAUAAGCAGAAUUGAAAAUUUAAGUUUCACAUGUGUAUAGAAAAAAACAAAAACGAAAAGGUUUAAAAAUAAAAAAACAACAAAAUAUUUUGUUGCUCUUUAAAGUGAAAAAGCAAAUCCACCUUUUUAUAAGUGAACAUAAAACUUAAUUACAAAACAAAAAUAAUAAUAAUAAUAAUUAAUAUAUAUAUAGAAAUAAAUGUAAAAAUUAACACACACUACAAACUAAUCUUUUACUAACUGUCUUUGAAUAAAUAUAUAACAAAAAAAAAAUAAAAUUAAAAAUUCUGAAUCUCUCGUGUGGUUGUGAAAAUAAGUUGUAUAGCUAAUUAAAACAAAAUACAUAUUACUAACAAAUAAAAACAUUUAAAAUAUAUAUCUAUAUAUAUUUUUAAAAGCAGUCAUAAAAUUUUAUUAUACAUAAAUAUAUAUAUAUACAUAUAGAGAAAUGAAACUAUAAGAAGUGUUAUAUACGUAUGUAAUAUAUUACCAUGUGCUAUAACUGCUCUAUGAUUAGAAUAGUACUCAAGUAAAUAAAAAUCGAAUUGUUGUUGAAGUAAUAGUUUUUAAAUUAAAAUUAAAAAACAAAAACAAAAACACACAUCUCAAUCAACCGUCCUCUAUACAAAGUGUUUAAAAUUUUGAAAGAAAAAGAAAAUCAAAUUGUUUAAUGGCAGAAAAAACGUUACUAAUUAAAAAAAUAUGCAAAUAAAGUUUAAGAACAAAAUAAAAAACAUCACAUUUUCUAAUAAAUACUUUCAAUAACCUAAAUCUAGAAUUAAAUGUUUACAAAAAAAAAAUAAUAUAAAUAUAUAUUUAAUAUGUGUGUAAAAAAUAAUAAACAAAUAAGAGAACUGUAGUAAAAGUAGUGCUCAUGUUACAUAAUUUUCAUUGAAUGUUUCGUAUGAAGUAAAUCACACUUUUGGAUUAUCAACAAGAGAAGUAAUUUUUUUAAAAAGAUUAAAAGAAAAAGUCAAACCUGAUUAACUUUAAUGUUGAAAAUCAAAUGGAUAUAAGGAAUAAGAUUGAUUAACAUUUAAUUUAAGGAAAACAAAGAUAUUUAUCCAAAUAUUAAUAUGGCUGCUGUAAAUUCUUGUCUAAACUGACUGAAAGUCGUCAGCAAAGACUUCGACACUGAUGGGUUAAACAUGAUAUAGAGCAUCAUGCUAAAUAAAGUAAUAAGCAUCAAACUCUAAAAUCAGUUCAGAAAAAUAAAGAAAGAAAUAAAAAUAACAAAAAAAAAACAUUACUUCAAAUCGCGCAGAAUCCCCACAUUUGGAAAUCAAUAUCCUUUUAAAAAAGGUUCAAAGUGGCCUUCAUUUGCCAUUGGCUGGACUCUCGCCACCCAGAGUUUUGAUGUGUAGUGCCUCUAUGGGUGCAGAAGGAUCAGUUACAUUGCAAUUAAGAGAAGCUAUUCAUUCGUCAGAUUCCUCAUCGGUCGAUGGUUAUUCAUCUCUAGACAAUGCCCUCACAAUUGGUUAUCCCGAUCCGGACAUGCUAGCCGAUGUUCUAGGUUCGCUACAAACGGCCUCCCUCAAUAAUAACUCAAAUAGUAAUAACACAAUGAUUAGUGCCAUUACUUUGGAAAAUGUGGAUGGUAGCAAACUCAAUGAUAUCAGUUCAGCAAUCAGCAACAGUAGCAGUCCAAAUAACAAUAACAAUAAUAAUAAUAAUAACAACAACAAUGGUGGCAAGAGCAACAAUACCAAUAGCAUCAGCAGCAGUAGCAGCAGCAGCAAUAUCAACAAUAACAACAACAACAACAAUAAGACCUUCAAUAAUAACAGCCUUAUUAGCUGUAGCAGUAAUAUAUCGCUGAACAGUCCGAUUAGUGGACAAAUAAUUAGCAUUACCGGUAGCAGUAGUGGAAGCAGUGGCAGUAGCAGUAAUUGUAGUACAACCAGUAAUAGCAGUUGUAGCAGUAGCAGUAAUGAGAGUAUAUCAAAUGUAUCAGUUCCUGGAUCUAAUCCACCGAUUGUAAAGAAACAAAGACCCAAAACAUCCUCCCCCACUCGACAUGGACCUCAGCAAUGUCAGGUUUGCAGUAAAGUAUUCGGAAAUGCAUCUGCCUUGGCCAAGCACAAAUUAACGCAUAGCGAUGAGAGAAAGUAUGUCUGUGUAAUGUGUUCAAAAGCGUUCAAAAGACAGGACCAUUUAAAUGGUCAUAUGAUGACUCAUAGAAAUAAGAAACCAUACGAAUGCAAGGCUGAAGGUUGUGGCAAAUCUUACUGUGACGCAAGAUCGUUGAGACGACACACCGAGAAUCACCAUAGUGGACUAGCAGCGGCUGCAACAACCCCCCAAAAUCAAUCAUCAUCCCUUUCGCCAUCAACAGGACCGCCGACAGGGCUUAGUUUGUCACCAGCAACUGCCAGUGGAGACGCAAGUUCACCUCACGGAGCAAACUGUAUUCAGUACACAACUAUGGGAGGUGGCGACGAUGGUAGUGGCAGCAAUAGCAAUAGCUCAAUUAAACAAUCCUCAUCGGCCGUGAAUGUGUCGGUUGUGUCAUCUUCGACACAAGCCAGCUCCGCUUCACAGUGCUAUUCAGUGACGUCUUCACCUGCUUCUUCGCCAUCGUCGAAUGCUUCAAUAAAAUCGGUUGUUUCGGGCGAUGGCCUCACCAGGCAGCAGCUAGAUCUCAUUAGCCAAAUUAUGCAGCAAACCAAGCAGGGCAACACCCAAUUGACUGUCGGAUCAACAACUGCAAAUUUGAAAAUAACUAACCAACCACCGUCACCCCAUCAGAGCCAGGCCCAAAGUACUCAGCAUCAGUUGCAGAGACCAAGGACAUGGAAUAUGCAGAAUAAUAUAUUUCAGACCCAAUUGCAGCAGACACAAUCAAAAGUAUCGGUAGUAGAGAAUUCCACAUCGCCAAUGACAUCCAUCUCCAUUAAUGAGCUACUCAACGGAAGUGGUCCCCAUCAGCAACAGCAACAGCAGCAACAACAACAACAGCAACAACACCAACAACAAAAUCUAUCAAGCGCUGCCGCAAUAAAUCAACAAAUUUUAAAUAUUGUAAAAAUAGAACAAAAACCUGUAGAGUGCAAUCUAUGUCAUAGAAAAUUUAAGAACGUUCCAGCCCUCAACGGACACAUGCGUCUGCAUGGCGGUUACUUUAAGAAAGAAUCAGAAACGAAGAAAUGCGAUCGAAAAGACGGACUUGGUGGACCACCCCUUCAAACCGCAAGUAUUGGGGUGCGAGCUUUGAUUGAAGAGAAAAUUAUCAGUAAACGAUGUAAGGAUUUGAAGGGUGCCUUUGUAGUUCCUGCCCCACCAAAUACGGCUGCAAUUAGACGAACAGCAAGUGACCUAGAAAACUUUUUAACCCCCAAGUCACCUAUAGUACAUCAAACCGGAAGCUCUCCAUCCGAACGAAACAACAGCUUACCAGACAUUGGUAAUGCUGUGCUUCCAUCGGGUCUGCAAAUUCAAAAGCAAACAAUACCAGUGCUUCAGAAACAAUCAAACGUCAGUGUCGGAACGGCAACUGUAUCAACAAACACUUCCAAAGCUACGUCCACCAUGGAUCACAAGGACGCAACCUUGAUUGAGCUCCUCAAGCGUGGCACUAAAGUGGCAGUGAGAAAAACAUCGAAUUCUGAUUCCAGCCAGAUAUUCACCACUAGUAGUGGUACACUAAUGCUGCCCUCUGAACUGUCACUUUCCACCAAUUCGGGCACAUCCAACCCACCACUAGCAAUAACACUUCCCAAUGGAGAAACAACCCCCGUCUCACUCACCAUAUCCCAGGCCUCCAACGGAUCGGGUGACGUCUAUACGCUUACCUAUUCCACAGAUUCAGCAGCGUCCUUUUUUGAGGACAGUGAUGUCUAUAGCGUAUCAGAGACCGACAUGCUUCUACAAACGGUCGAUUCGAUACAGUUGCUCAACGAAACAGAAGAACCGGAUCACCUAGAUGAAAUAAGCUCCCUUGGUGAUUUCCACAAUGACACCAGUAGCUCUUCCACCAACCUUGUGGUGAAUCGAAAUAGCAAGGAAAUGCAAACGGUGUUCAGUUCCCCAUUGCAAGACGCAUUGCCCGACUUUCAAACUCUUCAUUCCAAGGAUUUUGUCCUGUACAACAAUGGCACAUGUAAGGCUAUAAAUAGCGGUGGCAACCACACCACUGCAGCUAAGUCACUGGCCACUGUGAUUAAACAGUCAAUAUCUCCACUUCCCUCACCGCUGGCAUAUCCUACCCCACCAGCAAGCCAUGAGACGGUCGCACAAGCUUCGCCAUUCCUGGAUGAUUCCCACCACUUUUCGGAUGCAGCGAACUCCUUCUUCCAGGAGAAGUCCACAUCUGACUUCAUUGAUGAUGCCGGGGGAACCUUCUUCAAAGACUGUUCCAGCGAGGCACUCACCGAAAGUCAGAAAAUCCUCAAGCUCAAAAGCGUUCUCGAGGAUAGUGGACAGUUUUUUAAGUCUGGCGAUGACAAUUCGAACGAUGUAUUCGACACCUCGGUGGUAAAGGUGGAAGACCUGCUAAAUGAGUCCAGCGAUGGGGCAAACUGUGAUCUCAAAGACUUUGCCGAGCAAAAUCUGUCCUUUUUGGAAGAUGCUCAAGGAUUCCUCGAUGAUUCCCGCAAUGCCACGUCUCCGCUGUCGGAAUCCUUUUUCACAAGUGGCAUUGGCACUGCCGAAGAAGUCAAAGAAGUCCUGCGUGAUGUUCUCCCCGACGAAUCCUUGAACUGUGAUCCACAAAAUUCAACCGAUAUCGACCUGUACUACUUACCAGGUCUGGGUCUUCAAUCUCAGAUGAUGCCAAACUCCGAGGAUCCAUUGUUAUCAUCUUCACCCAGAGAUUUUGGUCACAGAUUGACCGUUCAACCACAUCAUCAGCAAACGCAGAUGAUUCGCAUGGAACCGCAGACAUCAACGAUGCAGGCACAAUUGCUUCCCAAAAAGCCAGACCCGGAUCCAAGUUUCCCCUUAUUGAUGGCCACAAGUACGUCCAGAGAUGGAAGCACCGAGUUCCAUUUCACCAUCCAGCAACAGGCAACUAAGCAAGACAACGAAACACAAAUCAAACCAGAUACUAUGUCGACAGGCCAGAUGUGUGUGGACAAUCAGCUGGCAGCACCACAACUGCCACCCCCACCGUUCAAAGACACUUCCGCUCCCAUAAAAACGCCACAGUUUUUCGGAGCCAAUGAGAUGCCUGCACAACAAAGUCACCAGCAACCGCAAAAUAUUCUAGCGGCAGCUGCAACCGCUUCUCCCUUGACUAGUUCAAUCUUGAAGAGGAGGUUGCGUCAAGGAUCCAUUUGCGGCGACAGUAACUCCCACUCAAGUAGUAUCCCUCGUAAAUAUGAGCUUUACAAGUCGAAACUACGAAAACCAUCAACCACUCACUACACUCCCCAACCAAUCCUAAACCCCGGCAGAAAGGGAACCGGUUUGUAUUCCAAUCUACCCAAACCACCCACCUUUGCCCAGGAUGCCUUGCAUUUGGACGAUGAAUUCGAGGAGGCUGCCAGUCUCAUGGCUUUCCUCGAUGAAUCCAAAGUCAACAUUGGUACAGCAUAUCAAGCAACUAUUCCGGCUCUAGAAACAACUCAUCAUCAGCUGCAUGGUGCUAGACAACAAUCAUCGAAUGUUACAGAUCAUGAGGAAAUGAUGUGGGAUCCAAGUGUUGCCACGGAUGAGAAGAUUCUAACGAGAUACAUUGAGCUGAGCAAAUCUUCAGCCAUUCCACUUGGUUAUCAUUCGGAAGAAGUUGCCUUAAAGGCAUUGCUUCAGGUCCAUGGUGAUACACCGAUAGCUGUGUUGAAUCUCUUAAAGUCGCAAUCGAAUCCUUUCCAAUUGAAGUGGUCGUCGCUAGAAGUUGAAAUGUUCCUUAGAGGUCUGGAGAAAUAUGGAAAGGACUUCUAUAGCAUCUCAAGAGAGAUUAUCACCAAGUCCACAAGUGAAUGCAUACAACUGUAUUACUUCUGGAAAAAGCUCUGUGUGGACUACAAGAUGACUCAUCUAAAGGUCGAAACGGACGAUGCAUCACAGUCGCAAUACUCCUCACAAGUUGCAGAGCAUCGCCCUCAUGUUUGCGAGAUGCCAGAUUGCUCAGCUAGUUUUACAUCAAAAGCUGCUUUACACGGGCACACUCGAAUCCAUUGCAUUGGCCGCAACAUGAAUCAACUCAAUAACAACAACAAUUCAAUGAUUCUGGCCAACAAUGGCCAAUUGCAGCCCCAUUCAAAUCUUAAAGAUGACUUCCCCUGCAAGCAUCACAAAUUACCGUUAGAGCGUUUGUUGUAAGCGCAAGCGUUAAAAAUCAAGAUAAAAGUGCCAUAAAAAUGUUGUACGUGUAACAAAAUAUCUACCAACUACAUAUUCAAAUUUUCGUUUCAUCUGUAAUAUCGUAUAUGUUCUUUUGGAUUAUAUAGUUUUCAACAAAGUCAAAAGCAGAAGUGCUCAUAUGAAAUCGCAUCGUCCUCAGGAAAAUGACCCAAAUACGAGUAGCAUCCCACAGCAGCAACAGCAGCAACAACAACAACAGCAGCAGUCACAACCACAACAACAACAACAGCAACACCAGUCUCAACAACAAAUUACAA